GCAGCCCAGAGCAGCGGCAAAAGAGCGCGCAGCCGUUUGUAGUGACCGAGGCAAACACGCAUCGCGUCAUCAUGUCCCUGCUGCUCUUCUCACCGUGGUUAGAAGUCACGGUGCCCACAUGGCUGGCCGUUUUCGUCGCCGUGCUGCUAGUCAGCCGCAGGUUCUUGACCGCAGCCGUGAGUCAGCUACCGCUGCCCCCGGGACCGUGGGGGUUGCCUCUGGUGGGCUUUCUCCCGUUCCUGGGCAAGGAGUUCCACCGCACCCUGCAAGACCUUGCUGUCACCUACGGCCCCAUCUACCAGAUAUUCCUGGGCUCCAAACGAGUCGUGGUCAUCAGCGAUCCGAAGCUGGUGCGCCAAGCCUUUAGCCAGGCUGCUUUCUCCGGACGGCCCGACACGGAACUCACCAAACUCCUGCAGGGAUACGGAAUCAUCAACUCUGCUGGUGCCUUGUGGCGUGAGCAGCGUGCCUUCCUACACCGAGUGUUUAGAGACUUCGUGCCAAGACACGGAAGGCCCGGCAGCGUGGCACUUGAACAGAAAAUGCAGGUUCACAUCAGCGAGUUCCUGUCAUCGCUGGGUCCAUUCGAAGGCAGCUCGCUGCACGUGCGCCGGUCUCUCGCGCGCGCCGUCAGCAACAUCCUUGGCUCCUUUCUCAUGAGCGUCACGUACUCGUCGCGCGACUCCAAGUUCGAGCAGCUGCUUGCGCUCUUCGAGGAAGGGUUCCGGCUGCUCACGCUUGCCGUGCCCGUGAACUUCAUACCGGCGCUGCGCUAUGUCCCCGGCUCCAACUGGGCCUACCGGCGCAUUAAGCGCAACCGGCACCAGACGGCAGACUACUUCAGGCGCAUCGCCGACGCGCACAGGUCGUCCUACGUCGAUGGCACCGUUCGCGACAUCGUGGACGCAUACCUCGCCCAGCUACGCAGGGACAAGGCCAGAGGCAUCCAGAGGGAGGACACCUACUUCUCCGGUGAGGAAUUGGAUCUACAUAUCCCUCGAGAGUCACCGCGUGCCUUAAUUGGUCUCCUAACACGUUCCGUUCUUCCCAUCUUCUCGUUUACAGAGGAGCAGUUGGUUCAGGUUCUGAUGGACAUCUUCAGCGCCGGCCUCGAGACUGUCACCUCGACCCUAGAGUGGUCCAUUCUUUUGUUGGUGCGUCACCCACACGUCCAACGGCGCCUGCAGGAGGAGCUGGAUACCCACUUGGCAUCUCAAGGCGAUAGGCCCGCCAGCAUGGCUGACCUGCCCGCUCUCCCAUACGCACAGGCCACAAUCCUCGAGGUGCUACGUCGCGCCAACGUCAUAGCACUCGGAAACGCCCACGCCACAACCUGUGACGUGGAGCUGGCGGGCUUUCGUAUUCCGGCGGACACUCAUGUUAUCUCUAACCUCUGGGCCAUCCACAUGGACCCUGACCUGUGGAAAGACCCCGAAGAAUUCAGACCGGAGCGCUUCCUGGUGAACGGACGGGUCCACAAGCCAGACUACUUCAUGCCCUUCUCUGUCGGUCGACGCAUGUGCCUGGGCAACCACUUGACGCAGACCGAGGUGUUCCUCUUCCUCAGCAACCUGCUGCAGCGUUACACGCUUGAGCUGCCCGAAGGCGAGCAGCCGCCCUCCAUGGACGGUCACGUGGCAGUGUCGCAUACACCCCGACCUUUCCGGGUCAAGAUCACGCCCAGGAAAACAACCGCCACCGAUACCACCGCGACCAGUGUGUUUGCGAGAGCCCAAUAGCUCUGCAGCGGACUCGGCUGAUUUGAACGCUGGGUCAACCUCACUAUGGCCCACCGACGGUGCUCCUUCGCACGAGUUGACUGUUUUCUGGCCACUCCUGUUCCUACGCCAACGACGGUGCGAAGCGAGGACGUACUGACCUUUUGCAUCCACGCAAGUCUGUGAGCAGUGUCACACGUGCUUCUCUAGGUUUAUGUUGAUGCUCAGUGAUAGCCAACUAUAUUAUUGUAAGGGCGCGUUACACAUACAGAACCUCCAAAAGGCUGUAGUGCAAGUUGAUGAAGCCCUACCGGUGACCUGAGAAAGGCUGCACCCACUGCGGGCAGCGAGAAGGAUGCAGUGUGCAUGCAGUGUGCAGUGAAGAACUACCUCGUUUUUGUGAGAGCUCGAUUCAUCAGCCACACAAUUGUUAGAGUUCUCACGUGUACAGACCGCUUUCGCAGUGGCACGAGGCAUACCGCCUUCACUUAGACCGAGCUUACAUGACUAUGUGCCGUACGGUCAUAUAUUCACGGGAUCGAGACCAGGCGUAAUAAUUGUUCGUAAAAGCAGCACUCUUCACACAGCCUGCAACGUUCGCAGCUGCCGUCCACAGUGUCAGGCUUCAGAAUGCAGAAGGCACGCCAAGUCAUAUCACCAUUUAAUCAAUUGCAUUAGAGAUUUUUUUUUUCUUUUCAAUGUGACACAAAUCAUCACUAUGCACUAAGAGAAGCCAACAGAAGAGGUUUCUAGUCUUCUGACGCAUGCAGCCGACAUGCAAUUUUAAAUUUCGAGCAAGAGCAGACGCAAUUCAUGUGAUUCCAUUUGUGGAGCUUAGCGUCCCAAAA